GGAGCCGAGCGGGCCCACGUUGCAGCCAAGACGGGGGCGAUCGGUCGGUCCCCCCUUUGACAAGGAAAUUUCUCCGUCGGAGAGGGAGCACGGGGAAGAGACGGAUAGAGAUGGGAGAGGCAUCGCCGGAGUCCAGCGGCGCGGCGGCCGGAGGGCCGUCUAUGCCGGGGCCGCCGAGGAAGGGGAAGUCGUGCAAGGGCUGCCUCUACUACUCGUCGGUGCUCAAAUCCCGGGGAUACAACCCCAUCUGCGUGGGGAUCCCUCGCUCCAUCCCCCAAGUCCCGGGCUUCGUGGUGGAAGAGCCUAGGGAGGAGGCCGCGGCGCAGGGCCAUGAUCUGAGACAGUUCAAAUACGCCUGCGCCGGUUACUCCAUGUUCGUCGACGACAGAGACGCCAAAAGCGGCGAGAAUGACGCCAAGGCGCUGUUGCCGUAUUGCCAGGGCCUCGAGCUACUGGUCGACAGCAGAAUGGUAGAGAGGAAAUCACAAGCCGUAGAGCAUGCUUCAGCACGUAAUCCGAAGCCGAAGGAAGGUAUGUAAAGCUUCUUCUACUUUGAUGUUGCAACUACUUCG